GGCCCGGUGCGCGCGUGCGUGAGCGCGCCUGCGCCCGGGGCCGCUGCAAGCAGGGGAGAGCCGCCGCCUCAGGAGGACCCUUUACCCCCCAGAAAUUACUCAAUGCUGAAACCUUUCAAAGUGGUAUUAGAGACGUUGGAAGCACCAUGGAUGGGUUUUAUGACCAGCAAGUCCCUUUUAUGGUCCCAGGGAAAUCUAGAUCCGAGGAAUGUAGAGGGCGGCCUGUGAUUGACAGAAAGAGGAAGUUUUUGGACACAGAUCUGGCUCACGAUUCUGAAGAGUUGUUUCAGGAUCUCAGUCAACUUCAAGAGGCUUGGUUAGCUGAAGCACAAGUUCCUGAUGAUGAACAGUUUGUCCCAGAUUUUCAGUCUGAUAACUUGGUGCUUCAUGCCCCACCGCCAACCAAGAUCAAGCGGGAGCUGCACAGCCCCUCCUCCGAGCUGUCAUCCUGUAGCCACGAGCAGGCCCUCGGUGCUAACUAUGGAGAAAAGUGCCUCUACAACUAUUGUGCCUAUGAUAGGAAGCCUCCCUCUGGGUUCAAGCCAUUAACCCCUCCUACCACCCCCCUGUCACCCACCCAUCAGAAUUCCCUAUUUCCCCCACCUCAGGCAACUCUGCCCACCUCCGUGCACCCUGCUGCAGCUGGCCCAGUGCAAGGUGUGGGCCCCGCCCCCACCCCUCAUUCGCUUCCAGACCCCGGACCACAGCCGCAAACUUUUGCGGUCCCCCGGCCACCACAUCAGCCCCUGCAGAUGCCAAAGAUGAUGCCUGAAAACCAGUAUCCUUCGGAACAGAGAUUUCAGAGACAACUGUCUGAACCCUGCCACCCCUUCCCUCCUCAGUCAGGAGUUCCUGGAGAUAACCGCCCCAGUUACCACCGGCAAAUGUCAGAACCGAUUGUCCCUGCUGCUCCCCCACCCCCUCAGGGAUUCAAACAGGAAUACCAUGACCCACUCUAUGAACAUGGGGUCCCAGGCAUGCCAGGGCCCCCAGCACAUGGGUUUCAGUCACCAAUGGGAAUCAAGCAGGAGCCCCGGGAUUACUGCGUUGAUUUCAGUGUAUGUGUCUGUAUUUCUCUUUCAGAAGUGCCUAACUGCCAGUCGUCCUACAUGAGGGGGUAUUUCUCCAGCAGCCAUGAAAGCUUUUCAUAUGAAAAAGAUCCCCGGUUGUACUUUGAUGACACUUGUGUCGUUCCUGAGAGACUGGAAGGCAAAGUCAAACAAGAGCCCACCAUGUAUCGCGAGGGGCCCCCUUACCAGAGGCGAGGCUCCCUUCAGCUGUGGCAGUUCCUGGUCACCCUUCUUGAUGACCCAGCCAAUGCCCACUUCAUUGCCUGGACCGGCCGAGGCAUGGAGUUCAAGCUGAUAGAACCUGAGGAGGUUGCUCGGCGCUGGGGCAUCCAGAAGAACCGGCCAGCCAUGAACUACGACAAGCUCAGCCGUUCGCUACGCUAUUACUAUGAAAAGGGCAUCAUGCAGAAGGUGGCCGGGGAGCGAUACGUCUACAAAUUCGUCUGUGACCCGGAUGCCCUUUUCUCCAUGGCCUUCCCGGACAACCAGCGUCCGUUCCUGAAAGCAGAGUCCGAGUGCCACCUCAACGAGGAGGACACCCUGCCACUGACCCACUUUGAAGACAGUCCUGCUUACCUCCUGGACACGGAUCGCUGCAGCAGCCUGCCCUAUGCUGAAGGCUUUGCUUACUAAGUUUCCAAGUGGCUGAGCGUCCAAACCCUAGAGCUAGCAGUUCCCAUUCAGGCAAAUGAGGGCAGUGGUUUUGUUUGUGUUUUUGGCUGUUUUUAAAGCUUGCCCUUUGAGUAUUAUCUGGAGAACUCAAGCUGUCUCUGGAUUGGCACCCUUAAAGACAGAUACCUUGGCUGGGGAGUGGGAACGGGGAGGGGCAGAAAAACCACCAAACGGCUGGUGCCUCAGCUCUGAUCCUGACAAGGUUUCUGGGGAGAGACUGCAGUGGAGCCUCCUUCCCAUGGACUAUUUGUGCAAAGCAAUACCUUGUUCGGGUUAGUACCCACAAACCAGGACCGAGUGUGCGACAAUCUGCAUUGAUCGUGGACUGCAAAAUGCCUUGACAUAGAAGGGCUCUGAUUUGCACAAUUUGUUGAAAAAGAAAUCACCAACCCAUAGGACAGUAGGUAGGCCAAGUUGGGAAGGCUCAAACCAUGAAGGGUUAAAAAUGUAUCUUAAAAUUCAGAGAGCUUGUCCAGCUCAAUCUGAAAUGCUUCCCCUUGGUCUAGAAAGAAGGGGGAGGGUCAGAACAGCUGUUCCCCACUCCAUGGUUCUCAAAUGAGAAACCAUUGCUACUCUUGGGAACCUUCUGGCCAUGUGUCACCAAGUAGAACAAGCCCCUUUUCCCUCCCAGUCACAUGGCUGUGUGUGGAUGGCUUUAAUUUUAGGAGGAGGCUGAUUAACACUUUUGACAGUAUUUUGUUUUGCUUUGAUUCGGGGGAUUGUUUUUGCUUUGGUGGUUGUUUUGGAAAAACAGUUUAUAAACUGAUUUUUGUAGUUUUGGUAUUUAAAGUGAAAAAAAUAAACCUUUUGGUAACUGCACUGCGUCCCUUAGACGGGGUAGUGCUGAUUUAUGAAGACGCUGCAGCUUGAAAGGGGCUUGGUGGCGCUUCCCCUUAGCCGUCUACAAGCCCACCUAUUGCCUGCUUUGUGCUUUCUGCACCAGACAGCCUGACCGAACAUUUGCACCUGAGUUGUACAUUUUUGAGGUGUGUGGGGCAGCCUAGACACACCGCUCAGAUUCAGAUUCUAUGUGUAUAGUUCCCCAUGGUCCUUAAUACUCCCUCCCUGGAAAGAAAUGUACAUAAUACAUGUCAUGUCCAUUUGAAACCUGGUCACCCGGUGGGAACCCUGGGGAUUCUUCCCUGGUUAUGACUGAUGACAAUUUGCAUUUCAUCAGUUUGUUUUGUUUUCCUUUUCCUUUAAUUCUUGGACUUGAAACCCUGCAUAUGAUUCAAUAGGGUUUGAGACUUAACAUGUGACACUGACAGGUAAAACAAUGCUAGCAUUUUAGUUUCCUGCCACCUUAAAAAAAAAAAAAAAAAACCACAAAACAACAGAAAAAGCUUAUCUAAUUGCUGUAUUAUAUUGAAGAAGUUUUAAACAACCCAGCUAAAGCUAUGUGAAAGUCAAGCUCAAAGUAGAGGAAAAGUUCCUUGUAACGUGGUAGUCCCUUGCUGCCUGCUCUGUCGACAGCAUCCCGUGCUCCCUGCGACACCCAGCACAUGAGGAAUGGCUGUGCCGCUCUCCACGCGUGAAGGACAUUGCUGGCUUGGUGAGGGCACGGCAUGUGCUUUGAAUUGCUUUUCUGUCGAUGGAGCAUUCCAUAGUUCCAAAUGGUGCCCCUUCUGACCAGCAGCACAUUUGGGAAGAGGUUCCCUGCAUAUGGGGAGUAUUUUAUAGCUAUGGAAACAAAAGUUUUCCUCUGUUGGAAGCUAAUUAGCCCACAAAGGUGUUGAACCUGUAGCUUGGGCCUUAAUUAGCAUUGUACUCGAAUCAAAGGACUUUUUUUCAAACCAUAUUUAUAGCUUUCUAACCUACGUAUAGUCUAUGCAUAGAUGCAUAUUUUAUCCCCAGCUGGCUAGAGACUUAUUUGUUGUAAAUGCUGUAUAGGAUUUGUUUUUCCUUUCUUUACUUACCCUGGUUUGGGUUUUUGAGUUUGGUUUUUUCUUUUUAAUGGAUUUACGCUACAUUACCAAGAAUGAAAAUAACCCGCGUAGCCUGAGCUCCCCCUCCCUGCUGAAACUACUUGGCCUGUGCUGUCACGGGACGUAGGAUGGAGGCGUCACCGCUGCAUUCCCAUCGGACUCACGCACCCCCUGGAUGGUUUUAUUUUCGUGUGUUUGUUUUGUUUUGCUUCUUUUCCAGAGUGUGGAAAGUCAACAGUGCAGAAAGGCUUUCACCUUCCGGUUGGUCCGAAAUACUUCACCCUGCGCAGGGCCGUGUGCAUCCUGCCAAGCUGCGUUAUAUUCUGUACUGUGUACAAUAAAGAAGUUUGCUUUCAGUUUA